GCUGCUGCUUUUCUUCUCCCCGCAAGUGCCGUUGAUGAGCGGGUCGGGACGGCGCUGGGCUGCGCUCGGGCCCGGCAGCUGCGGCUGGUUGGCACCUUCCCCGCCCCCCCCGGCCACCUCCAGGUGACCCCAGCGCGCUUACAAAUAGCCACGCGGCCGCCGCUCCCACCUGCACCGCGCACCGAGCUCCCCGCCCCGCACCGCCCCGCGCACGCCACCCGCACCCGCACGGCCCCGCGCACCAGGAGGGCAGGCAAGGACUGAGCGAGCGAGGGAGAGGACGGAAGAGGGGAGCGGAAAAAGCAGCCCCUCGUCCCGUGCGGGCUCUGCACAAAGACGGUCCCGAGGAGCCGGGCGAGCCCGCUCUGCCCCGCCGCCCCCACCAUGAGCAGCCUCAACAAGGAGGGCGAGCACAGCAACAGCAGCACCAGCAUCGAGGAGGAGGUACGGACACUGUUUGUCAGUGGUCUUCCUGUUGACAUCAAGCCCAGAGAGCUCUACCUGCUCUUCCGACCGUUCAAGGGUUAUGAAGGGUCACUGAUCAAGCUAACAUCAAAACAGCCAGUUGGUUUUGUUACCUUUGAUAGCCGGGCUGGUGCAGAAGCAGCAAAGAAUGCCUUGAACGGUAUCCGCUUCGACCCAGAGAACCCCCAGACCUUGCGGUUAGAGUUUGCUAAAGCCAACACUAAGAUGGCAAAGAGCAAGCUGAUGGCCACACCAAAUCCCACCAACAUCCACCCUGCCCUGGGCGCGCACUUCAUCGCACGGGACCCUUAUGACCUGACUGGAGCAGCUCUGAUCCCAGCAUCUCCAGAGGCAUGGGCUCCCUAUCCACUGUACACCACAGAACUAACCCCUGCCAUCCCCCAUGCUGCCUUCACAUACCCAGCUGCUGCCGCUGCUGCUGCUGCCCUUCAUGCUCAGAUGCGCUGGUAUCCUCCCUCUGAAGCUACCCAGCAAGGAUGGAAGUCUCGUCAGUUUUGUUAGCUCUUUGAGUCUCUUCUUGGCUUGCAUUCUUCCCUUUUUGUCUCUCCAUGGAGCAAUGUGCCAGGGAUGAAGCAGUGGAUCAAUCAAAAUCCCUUUGGUUUAUUUUGUAGGUAUCUGACAAGGUGCCAAGUCUGCAGUAACCUCACACUUCUCCUUUUACGGAGCUGUGGGAUUUCCCUCCCCUUCCCCUCAAAGACUGUGAAAAUAUAUAUAUAUAUCUGAACCCAACUCAGUGGACUGCAUUCUGUGUCUGCUUGACCCCCUCCCCUCACCUGCCUCCCUUCCUGAGGCUCCAUGACUGAGUUUCUCCUUUCUCCUACACUGAAGCCUAGUUGGAGAAGCUCAAUCCUGGUGGUGGACAGGUUUGUACCCAACGAGACACUGGUGCCAUUGGAGGCCUUGCUGUUUCCAGAGCAAUACCCAGGCCUGCCUUGUCCUAAACGUUUGUUUAUGCAGCUCUGCCGAAGGAAAUGAAAGACGAUCGGUUUUGCAUGUUUUUCUGGCAUGAAUUAAAACACUUAACUUGUGUAUGUGAGAGUGUGUAAGUUUGUUUGUUCUAGUGUUUGUGUAACCAUAGCAACAGGUCUUGGCCUAACUAUUGAUCCAUCAAGGUUUUUCAUCUUGCUUCUGUGAAGACUUGGCUUUUGAAAAAAUUUGCUAACUCUCCUUGUCUCACCCAUUCUCUGUUCACUUCCCCUCCCCUCUUCCAGUACAACCAGAAGAAUUUGAAAAGUGUUUUUUUUAAAGUGUGAUGCACUGGGUUUUUUCUUGUCCAUUCUCUCCAGUUUUUUUAAAGUCAGGGCUUUUUUUCCUCAGACAUAUAUAGAAUGGCUGUAAAAUAUAUAUAUAUCUAACCUCGUCCUAACUUCCCCUCCCCCCACAUCCUUCUGAUUGGAGAGAAUCCAGUCUUGCCAAAUCAGCCAUCCUUAUGGGAAUACCGAACAAAAAAAAAA